GUAUUUCCUCUUUUUAGCUGCUUUCUAGAACAGUGUCUCUAUAAUAUACUCCUAUGAAGCCCCCAAUCCGUCCCCAAGUCACAUUGCGUAGCUUAAAGCGCACCCCAAACCCCACCCCCGUCGUAUGUCACGUUCGACAGCGACAUCAUGAAUCCAAGAUUCUACAGGAAAUCAAAGAUGAAGACAAUGCAUUCAUCUUAUCAAUCUUGCAAGCUUCUCCUUCAGCCAGAGACUCUCGUUCUUAUCUGUCUUCAUUUGCUCCUCCUCAGCCUGCCGACAUUGCUACUGCAACCCCUGCCGCCACUCCAUCAGACGGUGCUCAACCUCCUGCCCAAAACCCUCUUGUCAAUGCCCUUCUCAAUCCUAUUCUUCGUCGGCCUGCCCUUGUCAAAAUUCAAGGUCCAUUUACCGACGCGCAACUUGAAUCCAUUUGCCGCGGCAUGGCGCAUCUUCAAAAAUUAGGACUCGUUUCUGUCAUCGUCGUUGACCGUGAUGACUUGCCGUCUACGGAAUCUUCCGACCGUUACGAAGCACAGAGACAAAGGGCGAUUGUCAGGCAUGAAGUCGAAAGGGUUGUGCAUUUCCUCUCAAGGCAUAGGGCAGCCGCCAGACCAGUCUUUUCAACUGUUGCAAGGAUCGCAGACCCUGAGCUGGAGCCAGAGGAGGCACAAAAGGGUGUAUUUGUUGAAGAGGAAGGACUUGAUCACGUGCGGAGGGCCGUGGGUGAGGGCGAAAUUCCCGUAUUACUGCCCGUCGCACUCGACUCUGGCUGUCGUUCCCGGAGGAUCCCAGCCAACAGAGUGCUUUUGGCUCUUGCUUCUGCAAUGUCAACACACACUUCCAGCCCCGUGGACCUUACUCCGAGGAGGUUACUGGUGAUCAAUCGUGAAGGCGGUAUCCCUUCUUAUGCUCGACAAGGUCUGCCACACUUAUAUAUCAAUCUCGCGUCCGAGUUUUCCUAUAUCAACCGUACAUUUCAACCCCAAUGGAAUGAUUCCCAUCCUACUGCCUUGUCAAACCUCUUUCUCGCCAAUGGCUGCCUCGCCCACAUGCCUCGUGAAGCGUCUGCUUUGAUCGUCUCCCAUCGAUCUCCCGCAGCCUUGAUUGCGAAUUUAAUCACCAACAAGCCCGCACACUCUGCUUCUUUGCCUCAUGCCCUGCUUGUCGAGUCUGAGGGUCGUAUCACUCGUGAUACACCAACACUCAUCCGUAAGGGCCUUCCAGUUCGCGUCUUGCGCAGCAUGGAAGAAGUCGACCAAGACAAGCUCACACAUCUGCUUGAAACCUCUUUCAAACGCACACUUGAUCGCGAAGGGUUCUACAACCGUUUAAAGAAUGAUCUUGACUUUGUGAUUGUGAUUGGCGAUUAUGCCGGUGCUGCUGUUUGUACCCUUGAAGGCAAACCCGUUUCUGAUUCAUUCGCUUACCCCCCAAAUCAUCCCGAACCUAUAUGCUACCUUGACAAAUUUGCCGUUCAUCCUUCACACCAAGGCGAUGGUACAGUUGAUUUCUUGUGGGUCGCUCUUCGUGAUGAGACGUACGGUCUCGGUCAGUUGGAUGCCUCAAACCCGUCUAUCGGUUCGUUGAGAGGUGUCGGCAGGGGUAGAGAUCUUGUCUGGAGGAGCAGAAGUGAUAAUCCCGUCAACAAAUGGUAUUACGAGAGGUCAAGUGGCUUCCUGAAGACAAGGGACGAGAAGUGGAAGGUAUUUUGGUGUGAUGCGGAGCAGAGGCUGGGAGAGAUUUGGCGAGAGAGGGAAUUUGGCGGAGGAAGAUUGGUUAGAGUUGUGGAAAAGGAGGAAAAGGGAAGGGUGAAAUGGUGGGAAGAGGUCAUCGGAGCGAUCCCAUCAGCUUGGUCGGCGUAAUCUAUUUGGGAUUCCGAGAAAAAAUAGGGUCAGUGUAGGCUUAAGACAGUCAUUCAAGCAUUUUAGACAUAGAGGCAAGAGUAGCAUGUUGUAUACAGAUGCAUAAACUAUAGGUG